AUGGCGCUUGGAAAUUAUUAUACAUCUACAUCUACACACUGGAGCGCUGGUGUCUGGUUGGUAAGGAGCUCGCUCUCCUACCAACUUGCACCAAUACUGAAGAUAUAUACUCCAAGAAACCUCAAGAGGAUGUUCUCUGCCAAUGGCACUCACUCAUAUCCCUCCACAUUCCUCCUUCUGGGUGUUCCAGGGUUGGAAGAUUUUCACAUCUGGAUUGCCUUCCCUUUCUUUAUUGUUUAUCUCAUAGCACUUAUAGGAAAUGUCACCAUCCUGUUUGUGAUCAAGACUGAGCAAAGUCUUCAUCAACCUAUGUUCUAUUUUCUGGCUCUUCUCUCCUUUAUUGAUCUAGGACUCUCAACUUCUACAAUCCCCAAGAUGCUGGCCAUCUUCUGGUUCAAUCUUCGGGAGAUAAGCUUUGAAGGCUGCCUCAUCCAAAUGUUCUUCAUCCACACCUACACUGGUAUGGAAUCUGUUGUGCUUCUGGCCAUGGCAAUUGACCGUUUUGUCGCCAUCUGCUACCCCCUGAGAUACACCACUAUCCUCACCAACAAAGUGGUUGCCAUCAUGGCUUCUGUUGUAGUGGGGAGGCCAGUCCUCCUUGUCAUUCCUUUCUGCCCUCUCCUUAAGAGAUUGCCCUUCUGUGGGCACUACAUUAUUCCUCAUACGUACUGUGAACACAUGGGAAUUGCCCGUCUUGCCUGUGCUAGCAUAAGAAUUAACAUCAUCUAUGGCUUAUUUACGAUCGCUGCCCUUAUAUUUGACUUGAUUCUUAUUGCCCUUUCUUAUGUUCAAAUUCUCCGUGCUGUUUUCCGUCUACCUUCCAGGGAUGCCAGACUCAAAGCCCUUAGUACAUGUGGCUCACAUGUCUGUGUCAUUUUGGCCUUCUACACACCGGCAUUUUUCUCCUUUAUGACUCACCGAUUUGGUAAAAAUGUUCCUCGAUACAUUCACAUUCUUCUGGCCAAUCUAUAUGUAGUUGUUCCUCCUUGUUUGAAUCCAGUCAUUUAUGGAGUCAGGACAAAACAAAUUCGGGACCGUGUUAAGGAAAUAAUAAUACAAUUGCAAUAA